AUGGCCUCUGAGGAGCUGUUCAAGGUUGAAAGGAUACUUGAUAAGAGGAAAAGCAACAAAGGGAAGAUGGAGUAUUUAGUUCAGUGGAAAGGCUACAACAGCCAGGACGACACCUGGGAGCUAGAGCAACACCUGGUGAACUUCGAGGAGUGCAUCCACGACUUCAACCGCUGCCACAGUGAGAAGCAGGAUGGUGGCACCUUCUCCAGAGCCAACCGGACCUCUGUGAACAAUGGCCAGAAGCGGAUCUCCAGAUCCACCAACAGCAGCUUCUCCAAGGCUGCCCCCAAGGCCCUAGUAGUGGGCAAGGAGCAGGAGGCCAAGAGCAGCCUGCUGGUUACCACCAGCCAGAAGUUCAGGAAGAGCCCCACAACAGGCUUGGCCACCCGCAAGAACACGGACCUGGCCCAGUCUGACAUCAGUAUUCUCGUGCCCAAGAGCCCCAUCAAGGGCAGUACCGCGGUGGAUGGCUUUCAGGACAAUAGCUCCAAGAGGCUGGACCCCUUGGAGCAGGGGCCAGAAGACACAGCAGACACGGAGGCCGCAGCCCAGAAGCCAGGCGAUGGCCCCGUGAUGGCGGCCACAGCAACUGGGCUGGCCGUGAAUGGGAAAGGCACCUACCCAUUCAUGGACGCCCUGAUGGCCUAUGGGACUACCUCCCUACAAACGACAGUCACGGCCGUGACGUCUGGGAAGAAGUUCAUCGAGAACAGGCGAGAACAGCCUUUGACAAGCUGCUUAGCAUCCACGUGCGGCAGACGGAGAGUUCCUCCAGGUUCUGGGAUAUCACGGUCCAGAAGCAGGACGGCUUCACCAUCAUCCUGCUGUCCACCGAGUCAUCUGAAAACAACUCGUGAACCCGGAGGAGCUCGCCUCUUGCAAACCCGUUUUCUGGAGGAAUCCAAGUCCCUUGUGCACUACAACAUGAGGCUGGAGCUGGAGCAGGCCAAAGAGCAGGAGUGCGAGGUGCUGAAGAAGAUCUGGAGCUCAGCUCAGGAAGCAGAUCUCCAGGUCCAGCAAAGCAGCUUCUCCAAGGCCACCCCCAAGGCCCUAGUGGUGAGCAAGGAGUGGGAGGUCAAGAGCAGCUUGCUGGUUACCGCCAACCAGAAGUUCAGGAAGAAAUCCACCCACAAGAACAUGGACCUGGCCCAGUCUGACAUCAAAAUCCUCUUACCCAAGAGCCCCAUGAAGGGCAGCACCUUGGUGGACCACUUUCAGGAUGAUAACCCCAAGAACCCAGGUCCCAUGGAGAAGGGUCCGGAGGACACAGGGGACACAGAGGCAGUAGCUGAGAAGCCAGGUGUUGGCCCCAUAUCGGUGGCCACGACCACAGGGCUGGCCAUGAAUGGGAAAGUCACCUCCUCGUUCAUGGAUGCCCUGAUGGCUAACAGGAUGACUUCCCUGCAAACAUCAUUCACGGGUGUGAUGGCCAGGAAGAGUAAGUUCAUCGAGGACAGGCGAGACGAGCCCUUUGACAAGCUGCUGCACUUGCACGUGUGGCAGACGGAGAGCACCUCCAGGUACCAGGAUAUCAUGGUCCAGAAGCAGGACGGCUUCACCCACAUCCUGCUGUCCACCAAGUUGUCCAAGAACAACUUGCUGAACCCGGAGGUCAUGAAGGAGCUGCAGAGUGCACUGAGCACGGCCGGGGCCAACUGCAGCAGGCUGGUGCUUCUCAGCACUGUGGGCAGCGUCUUCUGCUGCAGCCUGGACUUUGUCUACUUCAUCCAGCACCUGACAGACGACCACAAGAGGGAGGGUGCCAGGAUGGCUGACGUCAUCAGAAGCUUUGUGAACACCUUCAUCUGGUUCACAAAACCUAUUAUCAUAGCUGUGAAUGGCCCAGCCAUUGGGCUAGGAACAUCCAUCCUGGCUCUUUGUGAUCAGGUCUGGGCCAAAGAAAAGACGUGGUUAAAGACGCCCUAUACCACCUUCAGACAGAGUCCAGAUGGCUGUUCCACUGUCAUGUUCCCCAAGAUUAUGGGAGGAGCAUCUGACAAUGAAAUGCUGGUCUGCGGGCGGAAGCUAAUGGCACAGGAGGUGUGCGGCAAAGGGCUGGUCUCCCGGGUGUUCUGGCCUAGGAAUUUCACCCAAGACGUCAUGGACCGCAUCAAGGAGCUCGCCUCUUGCAACCCCGUUGUGCUGGAGGAACCCAAGUCCCUUGUGUGCUGCAACAUGAGGCUGGAGCUGGAGCAGGCCAACAAGCGGGAGUGA